GCUUGUGGAGAACAGGCCCGGAUAGACAAUUAGGGACGUUUGCUACCUAGGGCUUGUUUGCCCUGGAACAGGGGAGCUCCAUGAAUUUCAGCGCGGCUCGCCAGCUCCUGGGCCUGGGCGAUGGCGAUGCUACCGCCGCCGAGGUCUCACUCUCAUACUCUGCCAAGAAAUUCCUUCCCUUGCUCGCUAGAAUUUCUUCUCUACCAGGUGAAAGCCGCUUACCGGAGCAAGGCCAUGGAAUUCCACCCCGAUCGCGUCGAUGCGUCGCGGAAAUCGGCCGCGGAAGCUCAGUUCAAAUCGGUAGGGUCUGAUUGAUCGAAGGAAAUCCCCCAAAUUUCACUCGAUUUUCACCUAGGUGACCGAAGCGUAUAGAUUUCUUCUCCUCAAUGGCACAGGCAGCAGCGCCGGGAGAUCCGCGCACGCCACCAGAGCCACGAUCAUGAGCCGGAAGCAAAGAAUUUUGCGAGGGCUUCCAUACAUCACCAUGGUGAUUGGCACUGUCUCGUAUGGAGCAUUCGUGGCGUCCAGGUCUUUGCAAAUCAGAAUCUCUCUUUCCUUUUGUAGCUAAAAUCUAUGGAGUUGUCAGGAAAUACCUGAGAGAAUGCGAGGCCGCAAGAGCCAAUCACCCCUUUCUACCAUGACAAGGGGAAGAAAUCUCACCAUUCUUACACAGUUCUAGCGACUGUGGCCAUGGAUUCGCUCGUGAUCCAGCUCCAUUGCUUGCGUUCUCGCGCAUUUUCUUUCUCUUUAAAAUAUAUUUCUCUUUUCUCUGUUGAGCCCUAAUUCUCUGUUCUUCAAGCGUCAUGGACAGGGACGUAGGGCGCCCGUGAUCUCCCUCCUCGUCGAUCGCCGCGGCCAAGCGGAGCAAGGCGCCGACUAGCUGAGAUCCACACUGCGGCCUCCAGGAUGGGAUCUAGGCUCCGGGACAUGAUUCGGGCAGUCCGUGCUUGUAAGACCGCCGCCGAGGAGCGCGCCGUGAUUGCCAGAGAAUGCGCGAAUUUGCGCACUGCGUUUAAGGAGGACGAUCAUGACUACAGACAUCGCAAUGUGGCCAAGCUUAUGUUUAUCCAUAUGCUCGGCUAUCCCACGCACUUUGGCCAGAUGGAGUGCUUGAAGCUCAUUGCCUCUCCUGGAUUUCCAGAGAAGCGCAUCGGCUACCUCGGCUUGAUGCUUCUUCUGGAUGAGAAACAAGAGGUUUUGAUGCUGGUGACGAACUCGCUCAAGAAUGACUUGAAUCAUUCCAACCAGUUUAUUUCUGGAUUGGCACUUUGUGCGCUGGGGAACGUCUGCACAGCGGAGAUGGCUCGGGAUCUGGCACCCGAGGUGGAGAAGCUACUUCAAAACAGCAACUCCUACAUACGCAAAAAGGCAGCUCUGUGUUCGGUCCGGAUCGUGCGUAAGGUCCCAGAUCUUAUUGAGAAUUUUCUCAAUCCUUGUACGAGCUUGCUGAAUGACAAGCAUCACGGUGUCCUUCUCGGUGCUGUAAAGCUUUGUACCGAAUUGUGCGAGGGGAGUGUGGAAGCUUUGGAACAUUUCAGAAAGCAUACCAUGACACUAGUACGCGUCUUGAAAAACCUGGUUGUGAGUGGCUACGCUCCGGAAUACGAUGUUGGAGGCAUCACAGAUCCCUUUUUGCAAAUACGAGUUUUGCGUUUACUUCGACUCCUUGGGAAUGGAGAUUCCGAGUCCAGCGACGUUAUGAGCGAUAUUCUUGCUCAGGUGGCAACUAAUACAGAGUCCAACAAGAAUGCUGGGAACGCAAUCUUGUACGAAUGUGUGCAGACGAUUAUGGGUAUAGAGGCCAUUGGCGGUCUCCGUGUUCUUGCUAUCAACAUUCUUGGAAGAUUUCUCGCGAACCGUGACAACAAUAUUAGAUAUGUUGCACUUAAUACGUUGGUGAAGGUAGUCUCGGUGGAUACGCAGGCUGUGCAGAGACAUCGUACAACCAUAGUAGAGUGUGUGAAGGACUCAGACGUUUCAAUCAGAAGGCGGGCUCUUGAUCUGGUGUACGCGCUGGUCAACGAAACCAACGUCAAGACGCUGACGAAGGAACUGCUGGAAUAUCUAAAAGUUAGCGAUCCAGAAUUCAAAGCCGAUCUUACUGGGAAAAUUUGCUCUCUAGUUCAAAAGUUCUCUCCAAGCAAAGUGUGGUACAUUGACCAGAUGAUCAACGUCAUGGUUGAGGCGGGAAAAUUUGUGAAAGACGAAGUUAUUCGAGCACUUCUAUUAGUCGUGAGCAAUGCUCCUGAUCUGCACGGUUAUACUGUUCGUGCGUUGUACCGGGCAUUUGCUCAUUGGGACGGUCAGGAAAGCUUUGCUCAAGUUGUUCUUUGGUGUAUUGGAGAGUAUGGUGAAAUGCUCGUCAACAAUGCGAAUGAGCUGGAGGGAGAAGAACCAAUCACGGUUACGGAGUCGGAUGCUGUGGACGUGCUGGAAAAUGUUUUGAAAGAUUUCCGAGUGAGCUCCAGUACGCGGGCCUUCGCACUUACAGCAAUGCUAAAACUUUCUUCUCGUUUUCCCUCAUGUGCAGACCGGAUCAAGGAGGUGAUGAUGCAAUAUAAAGGAAACUUAAUACUUGAGCUCCAACAGCGAGCCAUUGAAUUCACGUCCAUCCUCAGCAAGCAUCAAAACAUAAAAGGGGCGUUACUCGAGAAAAUGCCAGCAUUGGAUGCAACCGCCUACAGUACCAAGCGAGCCGAUGCAGCCGGAGUAUCGCUUGCAAAUGGAAGAGCAUCAAUACACGAAACUGGUCCAGUGUCCACAUCUAAUGGACCAGGCUCACAACCAAUCCUGACAGAUCUGUUAGACCUCAACGUGGACGACACUCCAGCUCCUCCAGUCCAGCGGAAAUCAGCUGGUGAUGUACUCUUGGAUUUAUUGGGAGCUAAUCCAAGCGCACCCUCUGCACCUCAAGAACAAACUUCAGGAGGUGGCUCGGAUGUGCUGAUGGAUCUUUUAUCCGUCGGCUCUUCUUCACGACAACCUGUGAUCGCAAGCAGUGGCCUGGAUUCGCUCUCUCAACCGAUUAAGCAGUCGUUUGUCGAAGCAAGGAAACCCACUGGUAUGGAUAUGGACCUUCUUGGGGACCUUGGAGACAGUAAUGGUGCUCCUAUGUAUCCGACCAUCCUUGCUUAUCAAAGUGAGGCCUUGAGCGUAACUUUCGAGUUCAAAAAAGUCCCUGAGAACCCCCAGUUGACCCUGAUUUUGGCAUCUUACGCGAAUGCUUCUGGAAAGACAUACACGGACUUUGUUUUCCAGGCAGCGGUUCCAAAGUACCUGCAUCUCCGGCUGGAGCCUGCAAGCAACAGCGAGCUUGAACCUAAGGGUGGAGAGAGAAUCACUCAAACAAUAAGAGUCGAGAACAGCAUGCUUGGACAGAAACCUUUGGCCAUGAGAAUACGAAUCAGCUACAAAGUGGAUGGCCAGGACGUCCUGGAGCAGGGCCAAGUGCACAACUUCCCUGCUGGUUUCUGAUAGGUAUGGAGAAAACAAUUUUGGUUCGUCAAUAAAGUAUUGUUUCUUUUAUUUGAUGGUUUCUGAGAUGGUGGGCUCGUCCUUGAAACAAGGAAAACUCGAAAGCUCACCAUUGAGAAGUUUUCACUCGAGGACGACGACUCCCACGUAUUAGCCAUGUUACAAACGAAUUUGUGAAAUUGAGAAGAUGAGCGAUUGCAAGCCAAGCCUUCAUCACCAAGCGCUCUAUGGUUUGGUCAUUUUGCUCAAUCUCCCGCAUUCUCUCGA